AUGAUGUUUGCCCCCCACAAAAGUCAAGAAAUAAGUCAAAUAUAUGAACGAAAUAAUGAAGCUACAUUAUAUAUAGCAAAUCUAGAUGCCCAAGUUGAUGAAGAAAUUUUAUGUGAACUCUUUAUGCAAUGUGGCAAUGUAAAAAAUGUUCACAUUCCUAGGGACAAAAUAAAUGGAUUUCACUUAGGUUAUGGAUUUGUCGAAUAUGAAUAUGAAUAUGAAUGUGAAUAUGCAGGGAAAGUACUUAAUAUGACGAGAUUAUUUGGGAAGCCUUUAAGAUGUAAUAAAGCAACUCAAGACAAGAAAUCUUUUGAUGUAGGAGCAAAUUUAUUUAUAGGUAAUUUAGAUACAGAAGUAGAAGAAAAAAUGUUAUUUGAUAUAUUUUCAUCAUUUGGUCAAGUUAUAUCUGUUAAAAUUGUAAGAAAUGAAGAUGAUACAUCUAAAGGUCAUGGUUUUAUUUCCUAUGAUAAUUUUGAAUCUAGUGAUUUAGCUAUAGAAAACAUGAAUAAUCAAUUUAUAUGUAAUAAAAAAGUACAUAUAUCUUAUGCAUUUAAAAAGGGUUUUAAAGGAGAAAAACAUGGAACAGCAGCUGAAAGAUUUAUAGCUGCAAAUAAAUCUCUAAAUUCUUAUUCAAAUGACAAUUCAAAUAAUUAUAAUUCAUCAACUUAUGAAAAUAAUACAACUAAUACUAUUCCAAUAAAUAAAGAGAAAAAACAAUUUUUAAAUAAUUCAAAUAUUCAUGCAAAUAAUAUAAAUAAAUUACCAACAGAUCCAAUAAUACCACCAUCUCCUAUUCCUCCAUUUUUCCCUUCAAAUAAUCCACCCAAUGCAAUACCUCCAAAUUUUAUGCCUUUACCUAUGAAUUUACCUCCAAACUUGCCGCCAAACUUACCUCCCAAUUUACCUCCAAAUUUACCUCCUAAUUUGCCACCAAAUUUACCUCCAAAUAUGCCCCCAAAUUUCCAAAUGAAUUUCCCACCAAAUAUGCUUCCCAAUUUGCAAAGUUUUCCACCACCUUUUCCCCCAGCUUUCCCUCCAGCAUUUCCUCCCAAUUUUGCCCCUAACAUGCCAGCAGGUAUGCCCCCAAUUUUACCCCCAAAUAUGCCAGCAGGUAUGCCUCCAAAUAUGCCACCUGCUAUGCCACCAAAUUCUGAGGAAACUGAAAAUUUGAACAAUUCAUCGAAUGAGAAUAGUUAA